CACCAGUUGUCAAAAAUUCAAUAAUUGUCAUACCUAUUUAAAUAUUUUUUUGGUGUUAGACAUUAAUUUUUUGUUCAUUAUCACACCAAGCAACUAUGAAUGAACAAAAAAUGAAUGUGUAACAACAGAAAAAUAUUUAAAUACAUAUGACAAUUAUUGAAUUUUUGACAACUGGUGCUACACCACAAACAUAAGGAAGUAAACAUAAGGAAUUCUCUGAGGAUGGGGGAUUGUCCUGAAACGUCAGAUGUAAUAGAUGUAAUUAAAAAGACUAAAGAAAAAUGAAAGUAUAUUUGCCUUAACCUUAGAAAAAAUAUAUAAACAGAAGCUUCCUAAAAAAUAAAAAUAAAAAGAUAACAAAAUGUAUUUUCAGCCAACCUCGCUACUUCCUUAAUGUCAACACCUAUUUCCUCGAGGAAGCUCAUUUUUCUUUUUGGAAUCGUUCUGCAAGACUCAAACCAGAGGCCUCUUACGGUGAACUCUCUCUCCGAAGGUCUCAUGAAACUUCUCUUUUAGGAAAGGGAUACGUUUAUCAUGUGUUCUUAUUUUCCCUUUCCACUUCACUCGCCUGAUCGAGAUCAUAGCUCUCAAAGCGGACAGUUUGAUUGAAGAUCAGCGCUGUCCUUUCUGUCUUGGGAAAUGCCUCACUAUCAGCAUGUCUUGUAGAGCCUUCACUGUUGAUGCAAUAGAACUCGUCAAAGCAGGUGCAUUCCUUUUCUCUAAGGAGCCUCAUCAAAUCGAACUGACUCUAUGUUGCCGUCAUGUUAUGAGAAGGGAGUUGUUGGGGGCAUUAUCCCAGCACAUGACCUGGUGUUUCAGACUCUCUGCCACAUUUACGACAAAGGGACCCAACUUCUCUGACCUGUCCAUUGGCAUCUGGGACUUCACACACGGUUACAUAAUUAAUGUUUCAGGGCAUUCGACCAUUCAGACUCAGAAAAUACUUGUUUUUCGUACAUGUAUUUAUUCACUUUCAGGGUCUCUUUAAAAUGACGAACACCAAUGCCCUACCUCCUGCAGUUGGCCCAUACCUCAAAAGAAUUUUCUCUUAGCGACUGCCGUAGAGCUCUCAUACUUCGAUGACCCCAGUCAACCCCCAAUCUUUUGGCACAUUCAGCAACUUCAGCCGAAUAAUCGAAAGUAGAUUGAAAAAGCCAUCUGGUACAUUCGACAGUGGCUGAGUAAUGGACCAUUGGCAAAUAAAAAACAAAAUAUAGUGAUUAAACUUUUAUAAAACAUUGAAUGAGCAAAUAUUUUAUUUUUAUUGCAUUUAACAUAUAAUAAAGUAAAUUUAAAUAAUAUAACGAAAAAGUUGUUUCAUACUAACAAAUCAACCCAAAAUAUCCUUGUAAAAAUCUUAAUAAAUUAUUCACCAUUAAUUUUCCUUUGAUACUGAAAUAAAUGCUAAGAGUUAGAAGUACGAUAAAAGUUCUAAAUAAAAAUCAAGUGGUGAUUUACUAAUUAAAAAGAACAUUGAGAAUCUAAUCAAUAAAUAGGUAAUUGAACAAGUCAGAGACAGUGAAUGAUUGUUUAAACUGAGCGCUGUCAGACACUAAUAUUAUCAUAACGUGGAAUAUAUACAUAUAUAACCACUAAUAACAAUAUUUAUAUUUGCAACAAAACUAAUGUGAAUUGCCCACAGAUUAUACAAGAAGGUGAUGUAAAUAUCCACACAUGACCACUACAUUCCAUUGAGACAAGAUCAAGAAGGUUGUUUUACUCCGACUUAAGAGGUUUUAGGCCACGCCCUGUUGUCUUUGAGGAAGCAGUUUCUUGCCUAAAAGAAGUUCUUUAUAUUUCUUCAGUCUCAUUCAAGGUAUAAUCCUCAGUUAUUUUCAUUUGUUUAUUGUAAAAUGAUUUACAGAUAUAUCCUUCAGAAAUAUGUUUAAAUACCACUCAUUUAUAAAUAUAUCCAAGACUUAGCUUUAAAUCAGCAUCAACCAACAAUAAGCAGCCAUGUUUUUUUUUUACUUUAUCUUAUAUAGUUUACAUUUAGUCUCAUUAACUGCUUAAAUUAGUAUUUAUAUUGUAGCCGAGUCAAAGAUUUUUUAAAAAGAUAAAGCUAGAACGACUGAGCCUUACCGUGCUGUGUAUUUUUGAUGAUUAUUCGUGUAUUGUGUACAUGUGGAUAAAAUCUCUGCAAACAUUCAUCAAGUGUGUGGUAACAGUUAAAAUUAUUCAUUUUUAAACCAAUUACUAAAAAAAAUUUCAUAUAAUUUAAAAAAUAAACCAAAAAUCCAAUUACAUGAGAGAUGGUCACACGUAUGAACAGUAAAAGUUAUUUACUUCUGUAUUUUCAUAUAGGUGUAUUUUACACCAUAGGUGGGCAACUUUUUUAUCAUUAGAGACCACAGUUAAAUUAGGCAGUGCUAAUGGAGGCCACAAUACUUCUUUAUAUUUUGCCAUUGCUAUUUUUAAUUAUCACUAAAUACACACACUCACAUACAUACAUUCAAAUUAAUUCUAUUUCUAAAUAGUCGUUACUUAAAUAAUUAAAUAUGAAUUAAUUCUAGCACUAGAUUAAAAAAUGUAACAAAAAAAGUUUGAAGGUCGCAGUUUCCCAUCUGUACUUUACACCAUUCCUAGUAUAGGAGGUCGUUAUUCUGCAGGUAAUCAAUAUAGUCUAGCCAGAUUUCAAAGGUUAAGAUUCAUUUCAAUGCCAUGAAAUAAAUUUUAACCCUUCAACAACCAUGGACUCUUAUAUGAGUCAAGACGGAAUCGAGCCCAGAUGAUGGUAGACUCAAGUUAAGCAAUGGUGUUGAACUCUUUCUCGUGAAACAACAGAAGGCUCAGUGAUCAAUUCUACUUUUAAACUAUCUCAUGGCCUUCCCAUGAGGUAGUAGGUAAUUUUUCUGUAAGUAGAGAGUAUGGGCGUUAUUGAACGAUGCCUUAAAUAAACACGUGUAAGUGGUCAGUAGAGAUGGUGAAAAGUAUUCCAUCCUUAAGUAUGCUCCACUUUUCCCGCUCAUUCUCGCUAAAAGGUUGAUUUGUCCAGGCUGGAAUUGAACUGGUGCCACUUCUCAUUCAAGGUAGCUAAGAAGAAAUCUUAACACAUUCAACCACCUUUUUUUUCUCCCCAUAUAACCAUUUCCGGCAUACAGGUUUUUCAGCGGCAGUAGGAUAGUGCAUGUCACUGCCACCUAAAAAUACUCUCUUCGUCCUUCAUUAUUAAUAUUCUAUUCUAUUAUUAUUCUUCUAUUUUGGGAACAAGAAAACAGAGUAAUCUGUGGAGCAGCGUGGUUUGUGGCUACACACCUUCUAAUGGGGUUGUACUUUGUUUGUCCUCUUCAUGGUCUGCCGACUAACAAACCAUUUCCUUACUGCUGCUCUGGGUUCCUCCAUUUUCAUUGGUCUACGUGGUGCUGAUUUUUUCCCAUCAUCUGAUGAACUGGAACACCGCUAGCUUCAACCUUCCAUCUCACUUGAUAACUGAGUAUUUAACUCAAGCCUUUGAACUAGGUAUCUUCUAAUUAUAUCUUUACAAUAAAUUUAUUUCUCUUUAAGAGGUUUUGCUCUUUUAUAUAAAUUAGAAUCAACAUGACUAGAAUUCAGAAAAUCUCCUUAAUCUUAAUCUUCAUACAAUAAUUAAUAUUUAAAUUUGUCUGAAGGCUGAAAGUUGCACAAACAGUAUUAUAUUAUUAGAAUAUCAUAGUUAUUAUAGUAUUAUAACAAUUACGAUUUAUAAUACUGUCAUCUAUCAAGCUUUGAAAGAUGACUACUCAAGUUUUUUUCAUAGAAACUGGAGAAAAAAAAAAAUAGCACUACAGUUCUUGUCUUGUUAGUGAUAUACUUUUUAAAAAUAGAUAUACAACCUGGUUUUGGUUCUCAUCCUGAGUGGAUCCUAUCCAGUUUCAUUUUUUUUUUUUCCAGUAUUAUUAUAUUAAAUACAUAUAAUUGUAUAAAAUUGUUCUAAAAAUAGUAUAUGUAAAAAAAAAAUUAAAAUUAAUUAUUUUUGGAGUUGAGAAAGCAUAGAACUUGCACAAAUCUUUUUUUAUUUGUUUUUUGUUUUAUGGGAACAUUACUACUGUUUCUGACUUAUUUAGAUGUCACACAUAUCAAAAUCAGGACCCUAUGGAGAGCAUGCCAGAUAUUCAAGCAAUAUUGAACAGCCUCCAUCUGUCAUAACAGCAAGAAUACAAAGAUUUCAUGAUCAUGAUUUUCGAACUCCAGCUGUUCCAGCCCGCAGCUCUUCUUUCAGAAAUGAAAAGCUGCAAUUACCACAAAGAAAGUUACCAAGAUUUUCUCCAUCAACCAGUUCAGAAUUUGGAAAAUAUCGCUUAAGCAACAUUUUACAGAGCCAUCUUUCUCCAUCAACAUCUCAUCCUACCACCUUUCGUAAUCUCGAGGAGACAACUGUAAUCCCUGAUUUUUUUGAAAUCUUUUUGGAUGUUCAUGAGUAUAAGCCAAAUGAAUUAAAAGUUAAACUACGUGAUGGCUUCGUGAUUAUUGUUGGUGAACAUGAAGAGAGAAUGGAUAAUGUUAGCUUGAUAUCUCAACAGUUUACCAGGAAGUAUGAAAUACCCGAAGACCUUGACAAAGGAAAAAUUAAUUGCUUCAUUUCUUCUGAUGGUAUCCUGUGCAUUUUGUGCCCUAAGAAUUCUAAUAAGAUGGAUAGAGAUAUUCCAAUAAUUCCUGUCGUUGUUGAUAAACCAGCAAAAAUGAAAUCACCGAUGAAACGUACAGCACUUGAAAAACAAUCAGUUCAGUCAGUGAAGAAUCAAUCUAUUAUAGAGCAACCUUCUCCUGUACUGAUUAAGACUCAAGAAAUGCAAGAAUCUGUUUCACAGCAGUCAGAGGUUGUUCAAGAGGCCAUGGAGCAAGAGGUUGUUCCAGAGGCCAUGGAGCAAGAGCAUGUUCCUGAGAAUAAGGAACAAAAAAAUGUUCCUCAACCAAACAAAAAUUAAGCUUCAACAAUGUUUACAACUUUUAUUUUAUUAUUAUCAUUCAGUAAACAGGAAACAAUUAAGAGAAAACAAUAAUCAGUAGUUAUAUUUACCUAGUAAUGAUUACAGAUAAUAAAUUUAGAAAAAAAUAAAAAAACAUAAAAAGAAAUAUCACUAAUGAAUUGUUUUAAUGUUAAACAUUGUAAUUACAUUUCUUAAAUUAUUGUAAAAUUUGUUUUGAAAAGUUAUAAGAAUAUGGUGGCCACUCAGAUUUUAUUUGGUGUUAUGUAUGUUAACCACAGUUUCCAAUUCAGCUGUAGUAGUUAUUAUUCUACUUGUUUAUAUAAGCAUUCUCUUCAAUUACUUUCACAAAAUAUUGAGGAAUUGUUUUAACUUCUCUUACUAAUACAAAUACUUAUUACAUAUUACUACUCAUGAUUAAACUGUAUACAAUUCAUUCAGAUUGAAGCCCAGUUAAUAGAUUGUAAAGUUUAUUAAAAACAAUGCAGUAUAAUUAAUUAUUUUAUAUAUUGUGUUAAUUUAAUGUUUUAUCAUGAAAUUUGGGAAAAUAAAUUAUCAAAAUGUAA